AUGUUAAAAACGAUCGUUGUGCCAAUAGUUAAGAACAAAACCGGUGAUCUCUCUGAUAAAGGAAACUAUAGACCCAUUUCAUUGGCCACGAUUAUAGCAAAGGUGCUGGACGGUCUGCUUGACUGCCGUCUCGGUAAAUACCUAGACUUGCACGAUGCACAGUUUGGGUUCAGGCAGGGGGUGUCAACCGAGACGGCCAUUCUGAGUCUAAAGCAUACCGUCAAGUACUAUACCGACAGAAGUACACCGGUGUACGCAUGCUUCCUGGAUCUUUCCAAGGCCUUUGAUCUGGUGUCAUAUGGUAUCCUGUGGGAUAAGCUAGCUAGCACGAGUGUACCACGUGAGCUCAUAGGUGUUCUUAAGUAUUGGUACAAUAAUCAGUUUAACUACGUUAAAUGGAAUGACUCACUGUCGGGAGCAUACAGGUUGGAGUGCGGGGUGAGGCAGGGGGGGUUGACCUCCCCUAAGCUCUUCAACUUGUAUGUUAACGGUCUGAUCGAGGAGCUCAGCAACAUGCAUGUGGGUUGUCAUGUAGAUGGAGUUAGCGUCAAUAAUAUUAGCUACGCGGACGACAUGGUGUUGCUGAGCCCCUCGCUAUGUGCUCUCAGGUCACACAGGAUGAAUCCCAACGUGUACCACAAAAUACAACUGAAUGGUAAAUCACUGGAAAGAGUUACACAAUUUAAAUACUUGGGACACAUCCUGUGUGAAAAUUUGAAAGAUGACCUCGACAUUGAAAGGGAAAGGAGGGCGCUGGCGGUGCGGAGUAACAUCGAUAAAGAUGCAGAUAACGAAAUUACGGUAGAAGCGGGAGGCCUUAUUUUAUCUACUUCAACAAAACGUUUAAUUGUGGUAGCGGCCUGUAAAUGUACGAAAGUGAUCGGGCACUUGGAAGCGGUGCGCUGGCAGCUGCAGCCGCGCGAGUACCUGCCGUCGGCGGGCGCGCUGGCGCUGGGCGACUGGGCGCGCGGCCACCACGUGUGGCUGCGUUACGUGCCCAGCGGCGACGGCUUGCUCCCCGACGAUGACGUGCUGCGAAGUACGGAUACGCGGUACUGGAGCAUACACGACGUGCAGCGCUACUCCGAGCUGAUGCUGCACUGUGAGAACGUGCUGUUCACCUGCCAGUACCCGACGCUGCGGCUGCCGUCGCGCCUCGGCGCGCACUUCUGGAGCUCCAACACGGCGCUCAAACUGCCCACCAGCCUUUAUCUCAAGGAGUUCCACAGAGCCUUGGAAACUACCUUAUUGAAAAUGCAAUUAGAGGAGGCACAAAUGGAUCGUCUUAUUAUAUCGGAUCAAAUAGUGAAUGUUAACUGCCUUGAUUAUUAUAAGCGAAAAACCUUUUUUCGCUUGCUUAAUAACAUUUUAAGUUUGCAGGACCGGCUGCAGCUGGUAUCGCUGGAAAACCUGUGCUGUACGCGGCUGGAGGGCGCGCGGCUGCUGCAGCAGCUGGCCUGCUUCGCUGCGCACUCUCUCAAGUACCUGUUCCUGUGGCGCUUCGUGCUGCCCAACGAGAACCCUGUCCUCAUCAACUAUUCCUACAUCACUGGAAGCGGGCAAUACAUACCGCGGCCAGAGACUCGGCGCUGUUUCCUGCGUAGCUUGGGCGAGCUGCGUAACCUGCGCGUGCUAGCGCUGGAAUACGCGCACAUUGCCGACGAGACGGGCGGCGCGCUCAUCUCCCUCAUCACGGUCCUCAAACGGCCCCACAUGCGAUUACAGUUGAUGUGCCGGGAAGACCAGACUCCCUGCCACGCAGACACGUCGCUGGGCGCAGGUGGCCAUGUCAUCCCCGACUUUGCUUGGAGGCGGGUCGCCACAACCUGUCCAGAUCUUUACCUGCUCAUGGCUUUCUGCCGCAUUCGCAACUACGACGACAUCCGUCGGUUCCUGUCUCCCAGCAUCCCGCUGCGUGAGGCGCACUUUCAGCUCGGAAUAGACCUCACGCAGACCCAGAGACAGGAUUCUGACGUAAGCUGCAUCGUGCGCCAUCUCGCCUUUAGAUAUGCGAGCACUCUAGCGGCCCUGAGUAUCCACCAAUGGCGUUUCGCGGUGUUCCCGCUGCGGCGCGUGUUCGAGCUGAUGCCGCGGCUGCUGCGGUUCUUCUACGUCGGCAGCUGCCAGGAUGAAGUCGAUCUCAAGCGGAUGCUGAACAUUAUUGCAUCCGGAGUUUGCGACAAAUUGAAUCAUUUAAAAAUACAAAUUCAAGAUGAAAUGGCGAAGCGCGACUACUGGAAAAGUGUAAUAGAAAAUAUUAUGGAAGAAUAUAAAGAUAUAAUGAAAGUAUUGGAAAUAAAAUUUGAAUUAGAAAUUUAUAAAAGCUAAAUAAAAAUAUGAUCAAUAUACAG